AUGGAGAAGUUUUUAAACGUUCGUAGUAUUGAAGAAAUUCCAUUACCUUACAGAGAAGUAUUUUCUGAAUAUGUACAUUUUAACCCUGUUCAGUCAGAAGUGUUAGAUGAUGUUUUUGAUUCUGACGAUUCCGUAGUUAUAUCUUCGCCCACCGGCUCAGGAAAAACAACAAUUUUUGAAUUAGCAAUAGUUAGAUUGCUAAUGCAAUAUGGCAGCUCCAAUAUGGAAUUUAAAAUAAUUUAUAUUUCUCCCAUGAAAUCACUCUGUCAAGAACGUCUGAUUGAUUGGAAUAAAAAAUUUUCUCAUUUUGGUCUCAAUAGCAUAUGUAUAACUGGAGAUUCAGAAAAUGCUGAAUUUCAAAAUCUCAUCUAUCACAAUUUGAUUAUCUCCACACCAGAAAAAUGGGAUAGUCUCACAAGAAGAUGGAAAGAACACGGGGAGCUUGUGAAGGUGAUUAAAUUAUUCAUGAUAGAUGAAGUACAUCUUUUGAACGAAGAAGAUAGAGGAUCUACACUGGAAGUAAUAGUUAGCAGGAUGAAAACCGUACAAAACUCAUUAUCACUAAACCAUGUAACAGAUUGCAAUAUUAGAUUUAUUGCAGUGUCUGCAACUAUAGGAAAUAUCGAAGAUAUUGCUGAAUGGAUCGGAAGUCCAAGACAUUAUAGAUUUCCAGAAGAGAUGCGACCGGUGCAAUUGAAAAAGUUGGUAAUCGGCUUUAGUUACAAACAAACGUCAUCUUCGGCAUUCAAAUUUGAUCUCUCGUUAAACUAUAAACUACAAUCCUUACUGAUGACACAUUCGGAAGGAAAACCGACGUUGAUAUUUUGCAGUACGAGAAAAAGCGUAGAAAUGACUGCCAAACAUCUUGAUCAAACGUUAAAAAUAAAAUUAGAACCUCAUAAAUUACAGAACUUGCAAAAAUUUGCUACUAAUAUUCCCGACGUGAGAAUUCAGGAUAUGUUAAGACACGGCAUCGGCGUACAUCAUGCAGGUAUGGACGUAGAGACCAGGCACAUUAUCGAAGAAUUAUUUCGUAAUGGAGAUUUGCCAAUACUGAUAGCUACCAGUACGUUAGCAAUGGGUGUUAAUCUACCAGCGCAUUUGGUGAUUAUAAAAUCAACGAAAUACUACGUUAAUGGUACAAUACAAGAUUAUAGUGCAACGGCCAUACAUCAGAUGAUCGGAAGAGCCGGUAGACCUCAAUUCGAUACAACAGCCACAGCUUUGAUUUUAACAACUAACGAAGAUAAGAACAAAAUUGAGAAAAUGUUAAGUACCACGGAACCGAUAGAAUCUAAUCUUCAUCGACAUCUCACAGAACAUUUAAACGCUGAGGUAGUUCUGGGAACAAUAACCGGUUUGGACGUGGCUUUACAAUGGUUAGCUUCCACGUUUCUUUAUAUAAGAGCUCGGAUAAAUCCUCGACACUACGGUCUACCUCAGACUUAUAAAAAAGAACAAUUGGAUAAGAAAUUGUUGGAGAUGUUCCAGAUCGAUUUGAACAAAUUAGUUCGAGCCGGUAUGAUAACAAUGGACGAAAAUAUAAACGUAAGUCCAACAAUUACGGGUCAAUUGAUGGCAAACUAUUACGUCGAUUUCGAAACUAUGAAAAUGUUUACUCAAAUAACCGGAACGGAGAUUUUCAUACAAAUCUUAGCAAUAAUAUCGAAAUGUCAAGAAUUUUCCGAAACGCGUUUGAGAGUUAGCGACAAAAAAACCUUAAAUCUAUUAAACAAGAACCCGAAAAAACAAACGAUACGCUUUCCGUUGAACGGAAAGAUUAAAACUUGGGAUAUGAAAGUUAAUUGUAUUAUUCAAGCCGUACUUGGUAAUUUGGAGAUUACGGAUACUUCUAUACAAACGGAAUCGUUUACAAUAAUAAGGAAUGCGAAACGUAUCAUGAAAUGUUUGAUACACUAUUUGAGCAUGAAGAAACAAAAUUCUUUUACUGCUUUACUUAAUGCGACUAUUUUGGGAAAAUGUUUGAAUGCAAAAUUAUGGGAAGACUCGCCGUACGUGAGUAAACAAUUGACCGGAAUUGGUAGUAUCUUCGCUACACAAUUAGCCAAUGCCGGUAAAGAUACUUUCGAUAAUAUCCUGAAGGCCAAUCCUCGAGAUAUUGAAACGAUCGUAAAAAGAAAGCCUCCUUUUGGUGAUUCUUUAAUAGAAGAAGUGAAACAUUUGCCGAAAUUUUCAAUGCGUAUGGACAAAAUUAGUGAAGGUUGUAAAUUAACUAUAACAUUAGAAAAUGUCGAUUUACUUCUACGCAAAUCUACGAUGAAAGAAACGUCACUUAUGACACUUUUAGUCGGUAAUGACCGGAAUGAAACGAUAUUCCACGAAAAUUAUCACAUUUAUCCAACCGAAGAAACAUUCGAUGAUUACAUUAAAACUAACGUAGACAAUGCUAUAAAUCGGAAUGAAAGUCUGAAUUAUAUAGAAAACGAUCUUAUAUCGGAUGAAUCUGAAUCAAUUAAUAAAGAAAACAAACCUUCUGAUUACGAUUAUAAAGAUAAAAAUCCCAAACUCACCAUAGAAGAUUUGUUCGAUUUACCUGAUGAAGGAUUUAAGGAAAAAAAUAAAAUUGACAAUGGAAACAGUUUCUAUGAUUUAGCAAAAGACGCUGAUGAUAACAAUAUUUAUACGGGUGUUUGUUACGGUAGCAAAAACGACGAUGUUCAAGCUGAUUUGGAUGAAAUAUGUUCACGAGAUAACCUCAAACCAAAUGACAUCGACAGUAGCGAAGGACUUACCAAAUUGAACGAGACUUUCCGUAGUCGAAACGACGAUGUCCAAGCCGAUCUAGACGAAAUAUGCCAACAAGAAGAAAAACAAAAAGAAUUAUCGAAAAUCGCCGAUGAAGAAGAUUUGAUGAACUUUUUUAACACCAGCUCUCUACUAUCGAUGUUUGAAGAUAUCGAUACAAAACCAGCUUCUUCCAUCGUAGAAACUAAUGAGGAGAUCGAUAUAAUAAAAAAUACUACGGAAAAGCAAGUUGCGUCUACGGAGAGCGAAAAUAAGAAAAGUUUCGAGAGAAAAUAUAGUUUUAAUAACUCUUUAACGGAAAAGAGUCCAUUGCUUUAUGCCCUUUCUCAAAAAUAUCUGACAGAUGAUAUUAGCGUAAAAAAUACUUCGUUCAAACCAAGAACUGCAACUGGUGGAAGAAAUAUAACUCUAAAGAAUAUUUUGAACCAGAGAGGUAAAAAACGAAAAAAACUUCUCGACAUACAUCCAGCCGAAGACUUGGAAGAUCAACUAAUCAAAAGAGAAGAGCCUAAUAGAAAGCAGUUUAUAGGAAUGUUCAAAAAACCAUUGAAAAAGAAGAUGUCUCAUACAUGCAACGAUAAUAAUAAUCUACCGGACUCUACGAUGGGUAAUCACCCUUACAAAAUGGAGGAUCGACAUUCUAACGACAAUUCUGAUACUCAAAAGAAGAACAUUUCUUGGAGAUCUCCAUUAGUUUUUUCUCCCGGCAUAAAAUUUUCACCAAACACUUCCGAAACAGCUGAUAGUGAAAUACAAAGUGAUAGUCACAACGUAUCAUUGGACACAUCUUCUUCCGUUUCUUCAAAACAUUUAACAACUCAUGCGCACAAAACACCAAGACGCUUCAAAAAUUCUCUAACUCAAGCGCAGCAAACCAAUGCAAAUCGGUUGCCCUUAAGCGACAAAGACUACAAUAAUUAUCAAAACGUGAAAAAAACUAGAGAAUUAGAUAAUAUCGAAAAGUUUUCGGAUAUUUUCUCGUCUCAAAUAUUAGGAGGACUUAAAACGAAAGAAAGAAACUCGAACAGAAUAUUGACUAAACGCAGCGCCGCAUCGGCUUGCGAUUAUUACUUAUCCGAAACAAGUAAAUCGAUUAAAAAAGAAACUGAAACACCGAAAAAGGAGGAAACCAGAAGUAUGGAAGAGACAGACGAAAAUGAAAUUAAUUUGAAUGCAUUAGAAGAAGAAAACUUUUUCGAUUAUCCCGAAGACGAAAUUAUCGCUCAAAAUAGAUGUCAAUCUCCGACGUACGUACCCAGAACCGCAUCGUCAGAAGAAUAUGUCAGAAAAAAUUACCCGGUUUAUCCGGGAUGCGAAUUGGUAUCGAAUAACAGAUAUUUACAACCGCCGCCGCCUACAGUCGAUUGUCGUAGUUACGAGACUUGGCCGAAUCCAACUUUUAGUUCCGUCCCUAAAACAAUGCCGAACGCGAUGCAUUUCUCUAACUACGUUAAUCCUAUUCGUCCAGAUUUGCGACCAUGUUAUCCGCCGAUGCCCAACUAUGGGUAUGUUCCUCAACAAUACGAAAUGAGACCGUUCGUAGGGCAGUAUGGAGAUGUUGGUGCCACGUAUGGUGGUGCAUAUCAGAGCGAUAUUAAUCCACAGGUCACUGCAUCUAGAGGACCUUUUUCUCCCAAAAAUGCAUAUGAUGGUAUGUUAAUUCCUAACACCAUUCCAUCGGCAACAACAGCAAGACGUUUUUACAGAACUACCGAUGAUCUAAAUAAUUCUUAUUUAGUGCCAGAUCCACCCUUUCCUGUUCGGUACAAUCAAAAUAUUCCUACACCAAGAUUUUUUCCUAUAGGCAAUCAUGACGUCCCUUACGGUUUAAUUCCGGAAUACCAACAAAGUCAAGAUGCCGAUAAGGAUUUCGUAAUGAAUCAUUACUGGGAAUCAUUAAAUCGCGAAUAAGUAUAAAUUUCAGUCAAUUGAAAUUUGAUUAUAACUUUCAAUUUUUGAUAAAAUAUAUUUAGGUUAACUAUUUUCGUAUUCGUUUCAAAUGGUUUGUUGAAAAUAAAAUUCGUUAAUUUGAUAUGUUUAUAUUUUCAUGAUUGAUCAAUAAAACAUUUUUAAAAU